GCAGGUUUCUAAAUGCGCCAUGUCUGCGAGCGUAGAGCCUGUUGCAAAACUGAGCGCUCUUGCGAAGCGGAGGCCCAUGUCUGUGUCUUUCACACUAUAGUUCGAAUAUAAACCAGAAGCGCAAACCAAGAUGGAGUAUCAGUGGAAACCAGACGAGCAAGGACUUCAGCAAAUUUUACAGCUUCUGAGAGAGUCACAGUCGCCGGACACGUCCACUCAGCGAUCAGUCCAACAAAAACUUGAGCAAUUAAACCAGUAUCCUGACUUCAACAACUAUUUAAUUUUUGUCCUUACAAAGCUGAAAUCAGAAGAUGAGCCCACAAGGUCUUUGAGUGGCCUGAUAUUGAAGAAUAACGUGAAGGCUCACUACCAGAACUUUCCCAAUGGCGUGUCAGACUUCAUCAAGAACGAAUGCCUGCAAAACAUUGGUGACUCCUCCCCUCUCAUUCGAGCGACAGUGGGUAUUUUGAUCACGACCAUCGCCUCGAAGGGAGAACUGCAGAACUGGCCGGAUCUGCUUCCAAAGCUGUGCGCCCUGCUGGAUUCUGAAGACUACAACACGUGUGAGGCAAGUGGUAGCUCUACAUCUGCUGGGGUCCUUAACCACUUAAGAUGCAAGUCCCAUGCCAUUGCUUGCGUCAACCAGUUCAUCAUUAGCCGAACUCAAGCGCUCAUGCUCCACAUCGAUUCCUUUAUCGAGAACCUCUUUGCGCUGGCGGGGGAUGAGGAAUCCGAGGUGAGGAAGAAUGUCUGCCGUGCCCUGGUCAUGCUGCUGGAGGUCCGCAUGGAUCGGCUGCUCCCACACAUGCACAACAUCGUUGAGUAUAUGCUGCAGAGGACUCAGGACCAGGACGAGAACGUGGCCCUGGAGGCCUGUGAGUUCUGGCUCACGCUAGCCGAGCAGCCAGUGUGCAAGGACGUGCUGUGCGGACACCUCUCCAAGUUAACCCCUGUUUUAGUUAAUGGGAUGAAGUAUUCGGAGAUUGAUAUCAUACUGCUUAAGGGAGAUGUGGAGGAGGACGAGGCCAUCCCAGACAACGAGCAGGACAUCCGGCCAAGGUUCCACCGCUCGCGGACGGUGGCCCAGCAGCACGAGGCCGACGGCAUCGAGGAGGGGGAUGAUGAUGACGAAGACCUGGAUGAUGACGACACCAUUUCUGACUGGAAUUUGAGAAAGUGCUCUGCUGCUGCCCUGGAUGUCUUGGCCAAUGUGUUUCGGGACGACCUGCUGCUGCACAUACUGCCCCUGCUGAAGGAGCUCCUCUUCCACCCAGAGUGGGUCAUCAAGGAGUCGGGCAUCCUGGUGCUGGGUGCCAUUGCUGAAGGCUGUAUGCAGGGCAUGAUCCCCUACCUGCCCGAGCUCAUCCCUCACCUGGUGCAGUGUCUGUCGGACAAGAAGGCCUUGGUGCGCUCCAUCACCUGCUGGACGCUGAGCCGCUACGCGCACUGGGUGGUGAGCCAGCCCCCCGACACCUACCUGAAGCCCCUGAUGACAGAGCUGCUUAAACGCAUCCUGGACAGUAACAAGCGCGUCCAGGAGGCUGCCUGCAGUGCCUUCGCGACGCUGGAGGAGGAGGCUUGCACAGAGCUGGUGCCCUACCUCGCCUACAUCCUGGACACCCUUGUCUUCGCCUUCAGCAAGUACCAACAUAAGAACCUGCUCAUCUUGUACGACGCCAUCGGGACCCUGGCCGACUCCGUCGGGCACCACCUCAACAAACCGGAGUAUAUUCAGAUGCUGAUGCCACCACUUAUUCAGAAGUGGAAUCAGCUUAAGGAUGAAGACAAGGAUCUCUUCCCUUUACUUGAGUGCCUGUCCUCUGUGGCCACCGCCUUGCAGUCUGGCUUCCUCCCAUACUGUGAACCUGUGUACCAGCGCUGCGUCAACCUGGUGCAGAAAACCCUUGCACAAGCAAUGCUACACCACUCGCAGCCAGACCAGUAUGAAGCACCAGACAAAGACUUCAUGAUUGUAGCCCUAGAUCUGUUGAGUGGCCUGGCAGAGGGACUGGGCGGUAACAUCGAGCAGCUGGUGGCGCGUAGCAACAUCCUUACGCUAAUGUAUCAGUGCAUGCAGGACAAAAUGCCUGAGGUCAGGCAGAGUUCAUUUGCCCUUCUGGGCGAUUUAACCAAGGCUUGUUUUCCCCAUGUCAAGCCAUGUAUUGCUGAUUUUAUGCCUAUUCUGGGCACUAAUCUAAACCCCGAAUUAAUUUCUGUGUGCAACAAUGCAACAUGGGCAAUCGGAGAGAUAUCUAUUCAGAUGGGCGCUGAAAUGCAGCCCUACGUAGCCAUGGUGUUACACCAGCUGGUGGAGAUCAUUAACAGACCAAAUACCCCCAAGACAUUGUUGGAGAAUACAGCAAUAACAAUUGGUCGUCUUGGUUACGUUUGUCCUCAAGAGGUGGCUCCCAUGCUACAGCAGUUUAUAAGACCCUGGUGCACCUCUUUACGUAACAUAAGAGACAAUGAGGAGAAAGAUUCUGCUUUUCGAGGCAUCUGCACUAUGAUCAGUGUCAAUCCAGGAGGAGUGGUGCAGGACUUUAUAUUUUUCUGUGAUGCAAUUGCCUCAUGGGUUAAUCCAAAGGAUGAUCUACGAGACAUGUUCUGUAAGAUACUCCAUGGAUUCAAGAACCAAGUGGGAGAUGAAAAUUGGAGACGAUUCUCGGAUCAGUUUCCAUUGCCCCUGAAGGAGCGUCUGGCAGCCUUCUAUGGCGUGUAACUUCAUAGGUGGCAAGAGGAGUGCAUGCGCGGGGAUCAUUCACUGUGGGAGACAACGGGGGCCUCUAUACCCAGGGGAAAUGCCCAUUACUGGGGGGACUGGGGGACCCAGUGGGGUGGGGGGGUGGGCUCAGUGUGUUUCCAGCCCCUCUGAGUGGGUGGGAGGGACGAGUCGGCCAUGCGGCUGUUUAUGCAGAGAGGCGAAUAAAACCCAACGGGCCAAUUUAGUGGGAGGAAAAAAAAAUAAGCUUUUAACAAGUCAUUCAAAAAGAAGACGAGAUUUUGUUUUCUAUUGCGCAUCUAUGUAGGUGUGAUUGAAACUGGGAUUUUUUUUUUUCAAGAUGGGUUAAAACUUCAGAGAAAAUGCUGAAGAUGGGAUUCUAGAUCAGUCUGAUGGCACACACCUAAGAAGAUAGUAAUACAGAAAAUCAACAAUUUUACCAAUAUGAAGAAUAUAUGAUGCAGAUGGUCUUGGAUGCUGACCUUGUGUCUCUUCAGUGAACAGCUGCUAGCACAGGAUGAGUAGUAGUGGCGAUAAUUCAUACAAAUGCUAUUGUUUUCGACAGUCUAGCCGGCUAACAGCUAGCGGGUUCUCUGCUUCUGCAUAUCAUAGGAAUAAAUGACAUCCUCAUAUCAUCAUAAUCAGAACAAUUGUUAAAAACUGAAUUUGGCAGCAGCAAUGCCAUUUUAGAAACAUCUAGAAAGCUGGAGAUUUGACAUGUACAUUGGGGCUGGUGCCUCAAAAGUACAGCCGAUUGCAGGCAGUGAAGGCGAUGGUGUAUGUCAGGAUUAGUGUGUUACACCAGUUUUCUGUUGCAUUGCCCAGUGUUCUAAUUUCCCACUGCAGCCCCUUUGGUUGUAGAACUGAGAUUCUGUUAAGGAUAGGUUUAAAUAACAAUAGUUCCAAUAAAGCCAUGAGAUACCAAUAGGAAAUAAGAUUAAGGUUGAUAAUAGUAGCGACUUUAAACCUGCACAUCGUGGGAAUCCGAUAUACCUGUGCAAUACUUUUUGCUUCUGUGCUGUCAAUGUAAUGUGCUUUCUGCAUGGACAUAUACUAGUGAAUAAACCAGAUUUUUCUGGGACUACAAGCUGUGUGGUUAGGAAAAACUGUUAAGGGCUUUGUUGAACAUUGGUCGGCACCGAAGGACAGCAAUCAGUGUCUGCUUGAGGUUCUUGGUCGUCCACCUCCACUCAACUUGGUUUUUAUUUAAUUUUAUUUUAUUUUAUUUAAUUUUUUUUAACGCAUGAUCUUAAGAAUGCUUAUAAUUAGUUAUUUAAAUGGAUGUAAUAAGCAGGGUACUCAAAUUUGAUUCGCGCAUGUUGGUGGCCUCACUACCCUAAGUAGAUUAAUGGGUAAUAUAUCGAUAAUGAAAGGUGGAUUAUGACCCUCCAUUACCUACUUAUUUGGCAUUUUUUAAUUUCUCAUUUUUAGGCUACAUAUUGUGAGUAAGCCCUUAUGUGUUCAGCCUAUCCCUUCACCUUAAUAUGUAUUUGUUACAUUGUUUAAUACUGUGAACCUGGAACAAAAUAGAUCUGGUACUAUUAAGUGUUUUGUUUUGAUUUUCCAAAGUGCGAGUCUUGAAUAUGUAGAUCGGCUGACUGUAUCCCAUGAUGAACAGAGGGCAGGCAGGAUGAUGGGAUGUACCAACUAAAACUCGCUCUGCUGGUCAGAGUGAAGCCCACCAUUUCCCCCCUUCCUCUACCACUUUUCUUUCUUUGCUUUCGUAACAUACCUACACAUUGGUGCCCUUCUAAAGCCAUAGCGGAUUCUGGCAGAGACUUAAGUGUUUAGCGCUAAUACGUCACUCCCCUAAUUUUAAUGGAUCUUUGCGUGCUCUCAUUCUGUGCGUGAGUGGCACCGUCUGUCCCAACCUGCAAAAGUGAAAGGCACAUAAGUCUCCUUUUUAAAAUCAUUUGGGGUUAUCAUUUCCACAUUCCUCAUCUUCCUGGACUGGAUGCCUCCACUUUAAUUUACCGUGAAGAAUACUGUAUUCCAUGUAAAAUUCUGAGAAUUACCCUAUCGAUGUUUUACCCCAUAUAGUUUAACCACUGUUUAUUCAUUUUUUUUAAAGAAAGAAAUGGCUUAGUGUUCAAAUCAUAUACGAUUGGAAAGACUCUUUAAAAUUAAAAUUCUGUUAUGUUUAAUUACACUACCACAGAUGCUGUGGGUUUUUGUUUUAUUGUAAAAAAAUAUGCAUAUAUUUGAUGGAUUAUGCAAAGUCCUAUAGAAAUUAACUUCUGAUGUAGAAAGUUAAGCCCAUCAGACUUUCAGAGUCAACAUUAGACUACUAUUAGUCAGCUUGAGUAUUUAUUUGUUUUUAUUUAUUCUAAAGUGAACGUUUUGUUUCUCUGCCUUACGAUAUAAACCACCCAAAAGAAUGGACAUUAUAAUAAAGGAAACAUCAUGGGAUAUAUGAAGCACCUGUUUUAUGGUUUUCAUGUUUGUGCUGUGUGAAUGUUUCUGAAGUUGUGAUAAUUUUGUCUUGUCACAUUCCAGAUGUUUGGCAUGCUUAAAAAGCACGGCUUAAUUUGUCUGCUACUCUCACACUGAAGUAAAUGCUUUUGGUGUGCUGUCUUACAGAUAUGGCCGCUGCUAAGUGAUGAUGUAGUUUUCUACUUGAAUAUUUUUGUUGUAGAAACCUCAGGAGGUCCUGUGUUUACCGUUAUUUUUUUAUGUAUGCCUUUUCCAUUUGAGCUUCCCUACUGAAGGACUCUAACAAAAAUAGACUACGAAGUAACUCCUGUUCAACCCCAAAUAGACAUAUAGAUUUAGAACUGGUCAUUUUAGAAACUUUCCCCAUUUUAGGGAAAAAGAAUCUAUUACUAACUUUAACGACUGAGUGAACUUCUACUUGUUACAGUUUGCAGGUACAUUCAUAGAAAAUUCAUAAACUAAAGUUCAUAUGCUGGAAGGAAACAAAUGGCACAUAAAAAUACAAAGGGGUGACUGAUUUAUUAUAAUUACAAGUACAGUAUUUACUGGGUGCCUUAAUCACCUGGAUGAUUUCAAUGUAAGCAUUGUCUCGAAGUAAAUAAGGCACAUUGCACAUUUGCUCUGAUCUGGUCUUACUGGGGUUGAGGAUUAGGGUCUUCUUCGGGGGGGGGGAAAGUAAUUGAAUAUAAAAAGCUUAAUAUCGCACCAUCUACUGUAAUGUUAGAAUGUCUCCUUAAAAACAUCCUCCAGCAAACGUCUCUUUAGCUGUGUAUACUUGACUAGUAUUUCUUAGUCUGCCUUCACUCUUUCACAAACAUAAGAAAACUUAAUUUUGAAUAGUAAUAUGGUUUUAAUUUUUUGAUAAGCUGCUGAAUUUUAAAGAAAAAAUUUUGGGGCCACCAAAUAUUUUGGAUCAUGCAAAGAAUAUAUAUAUAUUGUACUGUAGUAAUUUUGUAAUGACAUUUGUAUGAUGUAGUGAUAGAUGUGAAUGUUAAUCACUGCUUGGAUCUGUAAAUUGUUGAAAAUAAAUUGUUUACAUACAUCUCUAAA